AUGGAUUUUUCGCGGCUUUCGCUUAGAGAUAUUGAGGAAUAUGAUGAACAUCUUUUGAGUGGGUUGUCGCUCAGGGAAGACGAUGGGAGUCUGCGAGCAGUUGACAUGGAUAUAGAUGAUCCCAAUGAACUGGAAGACACCGACACAGAUGUCGAGAUGGUUCCUGUCACGUAUGUCACUCACACUACUCCAUCCAGGCAGCGAUUCCGUAAAGACGACGAGAACCUUGCGAGACGUGUGGUUUGCAAGAGUGAGGAGGUUGAAGAGCAGGAAGACUCAGAGGACAUUGGGGAUGCGAACUCAUCGUCCAUCAUGGAGACAGUUUCAAAUGUUCUGGCCCAUAUGCCGCGGUCCCCUACAGCUUAUGGCGCAAGAUUGGCGUUGGAGUUGCGUCGACGCCCAAAUAAGCCGUCGUUUUCUACACCUAUUCUCUCUGGUAUUGAACACAGCACUCCUCCUAGAGAUAAUGCUUACACUUACGAAACAUAUGAGACUCAACAGGUAUCACCAGUGAGGUCAUCUCAAAUGGUGGGAACCCCCGGAACACCCUGGAAUAACGCACCAGUCAGUUUCCAGAUGCAUCACCACCAUUACUAUACUCCCCAACAACCCGAAAACGCAUACCAUACCCCAGCUCCAUACUUGCCACAACCAUGGCAGCACAAUAUAAUACCCCAGGAACGUACACCAUACCUUUUAUCAUCAUACUUGCAGCUUGUGGUGAACGCAGUGGUGACGUUCUACUCGUUUGGGAUCAUCUACCGGUGUAUUGCAACGGUCAAGUCGGACAUUUCAGAAAAAAUGGAGGAGCACGUGCACAAACUGAUGGUGGAGGGUGCUAUCUGCAGACGCAGUUUCCUCGAAAACGGCUGUGAUCCAGAACACAUAGUUCCUGCGAUGGAAGAGCAAUGUGCGGAAUGGGAAAAGUGUAUGGGAAGGGAUCCAUACGCCUCUGGUGCACACAGCAGCGUCAGUGCAGAAACUCUUGGAAUGAUAAUUAACUCUCUGGUCGAGCCGAUUGGUUUCAAAAGUUUCCUCUUUCUUGCAGGCAUUAUGGGUGUUCUCUUUCUCUUCAAUGUGUCGUUCGGGUUCUUCCGUGCCAAGUCAUACUACGGUUGGGAUGCGGGAUCAGGCUCACACGAAAUUACACAGGUGCAGUCUCCGGUGCUCCAAACUCCUGGAUACUGGAAUACCCAGCGUUAUGAUCGAGGAGCACCUUUGGUUUCCCCUACUAAAGAUAGACACCAGUAA